AGUGAAUUCCAUUCCUUUUGCUGGUUCCUUGUGGUUGAUAUAAUCACUCUCACUGACAUGCUUCUUAUGCUUAUGUUGCUGUGGGAGAUCGCACCCUGUUCCACAUGGUCCUAGAAGAAAGAUGGCGUCAAGAGUUCCUGUUGUUGCAGUGCGAGGCUCCACAGGGAUUUCCAUUAAUCUUGGACCCCCCAGCUAUGAUCUGGUCUCUGCGUUUGCACGGGAUGACAGCAAGUCAUGCAAAGCAAUGCUUUUUGACCCAGAAGGGAAGUAUUUUGCCUGGGUCAAUGCGACAUCUGUUAAGGUUGUUACAACUUCAACAUGGAAGGUAUUAGCAGAAAUUCAACGACCAAAGGUCUCCAAUUUAGAAUUUUCUCCAAAAGGGACAUAUUUAAUGACAUGGGAACCUUUCAUAGUAACACAAUCUAACCCUCAAGGAGGACCAAAUCUUCACAUAUUCAAGUCCGACAGUGGUGAGCUGGUCAAAGACUUUGUUCAUAAAAAGCAGAUUGGAUGGGAGCCACAGUGGAGUUCAGAUGAGAAGCUUUGUGCACGAAAUGUGAAUAAUGAAAUAUUGUUUUAUAAUGUACCAAAUUUUGAUGCUGUGGCACACAAGAUUCACAUCCAGAAAGUUGCAGACUUCAGUAUCUCCCCAGGAACAUCUCCUUACCAUGUCCUGUGUUAUGUGCCAGGCAAAUCAGGACAGCCAUCAUUUGGUAGAUUAUUCCAGUAUCCAAAAUUUGAGAGUACAAACUCGUUGGCAAACAAGAGCUUUUUCCAGGCUGACAAAGUGGACAUGUUCUGGAAUAAGCGAGGUACAGGUGUUCUUCUUAUGACCAGCACAGAAGUAGACAAGUCUGGCUCAUCAUACUAUGGGAAACAGGCAUUACACUUCAUCAGUACCAAAGGAGAAACAGCCAUGGUACUUCUUAGCAAAGAAGGCCCAAUCUACAGUGUGGAAUGGAGUCCAAAGAGUUCGGAGUUUUGUGUUGUUUAUGGUUUCAUGCCUUCUAAAGCUACUCUAUUUAAUCUCAAAUGUGAGCCUGUGUUUGAGUUUGGUAUUGGGCCACGGAACUGCAUUUACUACAACCCACAUGGAAAUAUCUUGAUCCUUGGUGGAUUUGGUAAUAUCCAAGGUAAUGCUGAACUGUGGGACACAUCGGCACGGAAGCUGAUAGCCAAGAUGGAGGUACCUGAUACCACAUUACUUCACUGGUCACCUGAUGGUGAACAUUUUCUCACAGCAACUACUGCUCCAAGAUUACGAAUGGGAAACGGGUUCAAGAUCUGGCACUACAGUGGAACAUUAUUGUAUGAGCGUCCAUGGAACAAACAAGAGGAACUGUGGGAAGUUCUGUGGCAGUUGUUUCCAGUUGGUGUUUUUCAUGAACCUGUGAUAAAUUAUAAACCUGUUGAAGGAAUACAGCCAAGCCAACCACAGGCUUCAAAGCAAGCAUAUCGUCCUCCGUCAGCUCGAGGACGUGAGAGUAACUUCAAGCUUCAUGAUGAUGAGGAGCCUGCAAGCAACACUCGACCAGGUGGAGACUCAAACCCUUCAAAGGCAGCUUUAAAACAGAAGAAAAAGCGUGAAGCAAAGAAGGCAAAGAAAGAGCAAGACGGAGGAAACACAGGUGGUGGUAGUGGUGCUGUUUGUACUACUACUGCAUGUACUGCAACAGGCACGACAACAACAACAACAACAACAACAACAACUACGGGGGUGUCUGUUGUUACAAAUGGUGACUCAACAAUAGUUUCAGCACCUAAGUUGCCAAUAGCACUUGCAGAUGCUGAUUUUACAGGAGAUCCAGAGAAGCUAAAGAAAAUAAAGAAGCUGAAAAGUAAGCUUGUUGAAAUCUCACGACUCAAAGAACAGCGAGCUGCUGGUCGCCAGCUUGAAUUAAACCAACUAGACAAAAUCAAAAAAGAAGAUGAGUUGCUGAAAGAGUUACAGGGAUUAGUGUUGUGAUAGCAUGCUGUUGGCUCUCUCUCUUACAUUUAUCUUGCCUCCCUCCUGUUGGGAGAACCAAACCAAAUGUCGGGCUUCCACAGUCUGCAACCAUGGGCAACUGUUCUACUCGAUGCUCGGCUGUAAACGGAUGACAAAUACCCAUCCACAAAGGUUGCUCUUUCAUGACCUGGAGUCAGUUACUGAGUGUAACUUUUUUUUAAGAUGUUUCCAUGGAUGAUCUUGGCAUUCUGAUAAUUUACCCUAAAUGACUUUUUUAUGGUGAUGUCCAAUUUUACUGAGGUACCUCAUGUAUCUAAUACUUAAUUUUUUUUCUUGGUCUCAGUUGUAUUUGAGGUACAUUUGUAAUGUAUAAUUGUAAAUGUAUGAUAAUUUGUGGAGAGAAUGUGUCAGAGUAUUACUCAUAGGGUCUUUUUAAGGCCCAAAAGAAAGACAACCUAUACUGGAGAUGUAUGAGAAUUCAAGAAAGAAUGACAACUCACUAUCUGACAUUCUCCCUUUUUUUCUCACAUAAAAUCAUUUUGUUUAAUUUUAGAUAAUCAAGGUGGUGUAAAUUUAACCUAAACAUUUUGUUUAUAUAAGCCAGUUAUUCAAAUGUGAUCAUAGAAUUUCUGAACCGUGGAAAGAUUGUCUUGGUUAAUAAACAAUGUACAGGUCUAACAUUCUGUACUUGGAAAAUAGAAGAGGGUGAUAAAGUUACUAAAAUAACUGGAAUGGAAGUAAAUCUCAAACCUGAUGUUUUUAUGAAAAUGUGUAUAUUAUUUAAAAAGAAAGGACAUAAUGUUUUUUGAAAUGUUGGUCAUAGUAAGUAUAGAAUCCAUAUUUUAAUGUUUAUUACAGUGUGGGUAAAGCAUAUUGAGAAUUGUGCUGAAAAUGUUGGCACUGGCUUCAAGAAGCCAAUGAUAAAAUAUUAAUGCACAUCGUACAUGUUCAAUUUUUGUUUAGUUUGGUAAUGCUUUCAGUCAUAACAGAGGAAGGCAUUUACAGAAAGUAAACUCAUCCCAUGUAAGUGAAAAUGGAUCAGUACGUAGGUUCAUAUGGUGUAUCAUUUACCGAUGUGAUGAACAAAACCUUUGAUUGGUGACUACACCCUGUAAAGCUUUGUGUUUUGUACAAUAUUAAAGGUUGAAAAACUUUAAAAUAUCAUUCUAAAAAUGCAUUUCCUCAAAAAUCAUGUAACAAUGCCUAUGUUUCACAUAUUGUCUAAAGGAAGUGUUUCAAUAAGACUGUGUAGUAUCUGGGUGUGGUGAUAUUUUUGUUUUGUAGUAACUUUUUUCUGCAUUGGUUUUUAAUUUUUAUGGUUUGCAGUCUGUUAGAAUUGUAUUGUAGUAGAAGAUCUAUAAGAGAUGAUUUCAGGAACUGGCAUUAUAAAAGUAUUUUUAUUUGUGAAACUGUAGAGGCCACUUAUAAUAAAUAUAAAAGUAAUAACAGUGUUAUGUGAUUAUGCCAUUGUUUUCUUGCAGUAACCUUUCUGUAUUGUUUACUCUUGCAUAUAAAGGAAGUACUUUUCUAGAUUUCCUGUCAUGUUAUAAGUACAGAGACAGUAGCUUAUUCAUGCCUUGUAUGGACAAGAGCAGUGUCCAUAUUUCUCUCUCAGUGUUUAUGUGUUAUUUAGGUCAACAAGAUGUUCACUUCAUUGAUACAUAUACCAGUAGUUUCCAGUAAUUUGUAAGAAAUAGGUAGUUUAUAAGUAAAGAAGCUCAGGAAUGUUUAGUUCUUUGUUUAAAGGCAUUUAUUUAAAAAUUUAAAAUAAAAAUAAGGGAUUUGUAAACCCUUAGAGAGGUGUGAUUAUAUACUUUUGGGAUCUACUGGUGUAUAUACUGAACAGGGGUAAAUAUGACAGUUCAUAGUUGAAUGUGCUUCUCAGUUUAUCUGCUUAUGAUAUUUUGAAUUGUUCCAUAAUUGGGCUUGCCACAUUUAUGAUUUGCAUAUGCUGGAUAUAAUAUUUGGACUGGAAAGGAAGAUUAAUAAAAAUUAAACCUUUACUUUUAGAAUUAAUAAUGUAUUCAACAUUUUAAAUAUAUUAAAAACUGAUGGCAA